GCGGCCGCGGGCUGCGCCGAGCGCCGCCUCUGCUGCGCCGGCCGCGACCUGCGCUGCCUCAGCGCGGGCUGGCGGCCCGACGGCUCCCACGGCCCCUGCUACUGCGACGAGGCGUGCGCGCACACGCUCGACUGCUGCCACGACUACGCGUGGGCCUGCCCAGUUAUCUCCUGCGAGGUGUCGCAGUGGAGCGUGUGGAGCGGCUGCGCGGAGCCCUGCAGGACAACGUACCGCGUUCGGAGGCGCCGCGUCCUGCGGGAGCCCCGCAACGGCGGAGAGCCCUGUCCCGCGCUGGAGGAGCGGGCUGGCUGCGUGCACUACUGGAGCCGCCAAGGAGCCGAGUGCAAGCAGGCCCUGAUCCCAGCAUUAAUAACAACAGGAGGGUUUGGAAAAGCGAGGAAAARAAGAGCUGCAGCUGAUGGCACUGAAAGAGCAGGGUACUGUGUUGAAUUCCAGCUCGUGGCCAUCAUGCCGGGCUGCAUGCACAGCCACCGCUCGCACACCCGCUGGAUGCGGUACCUGCGGGAGGGCCACACGGUGUGCGUGGAGUGUCAGCACCCGGCGCUGGAUUCCAGGAGCCUGCAUUGCUACGGGGACGGCAGCGGGAGCCAAGAGAAUGAGCUGCUGCACUGGCAGGCUGUGGGGAACCCUCAGUGCAGGGGAACCUGGAAGAGAAUUCGCCAGCUGGACACUUGCUCCUGCCCCUCGGUUCACAGCUUCUUGUUCAUCUAAGUUCUCCCGGUGGUCCCAGCAGAAGAGCCGAGUGGUGGCUUGUCUGGUACAAGUGGGCAGCAGCAAUAGUGACAACAACCAAAUCAGUGACUUCUCAGGUCAAGGGCUGUGCUGUUUGCUUUCAAGAGUUUGCGGUAUGCCUGGAGCACCAUGGAUCCUCCUCAAUUUUCAAAGAAAUCAGACCAGCUCCAAAGCAUCCAUGUCUUUCUCUCUCAAUCCUUGCUGCCUCUUCUGCCUGGGAGAAG